UUUAGGAACGGGAUGGGCAUGGCCGCCCCCAGGGCCAAUGGCCCGGAGCUUUGUUGGCCGCCUCUCUAAUGGUGUCCACUCCUUAAUAGGCACGCCGGGACAACCCCCAGGCCGGAUCAGACCUAUCCUCCACCCCCUGCCUUGCUUUCCCGGCGGCAGCUGCAGCGGCCCCCGACGCCGUCAUGUUCGCUAAGGCUUUUCGGGUUAAGUCUAACACUGCUAUCAAGGGCUCGGACAGGCGAAAGCUUCGGGCUGAUGUGGCAGCUGCUUUUCCUGCCUUUGGUCCAGAGCAACUCUCUGAACUAGUGCCUGGGAAGGAAGAGCUCAACACUGUGAAGCUCUAUGCUCACAAGGGAGAUGCUGUCACUGUGUAUGUGAGUGGUGGAAACCCCAUUCUUUUUGAGCUGAAGGGAAAUCUGUAUCCCACAGUGUACACCUUGUGGUCUUACCCUAGUCUUCUGCCGGCCUUCAUGACAUGGCCUCUUGUGCUGGACAAGCUGGCUGGGGGAGCAGAUUUGAUGCUGCCUGGGAUCGUGGUGCCACCUGAUGGUUUACCUCAGGUACAACAGGGUGACCUCUGUGCCAUCACCUUGGUUGGGAGCAGGGCUCCUGUUGCUAUUGGAGUGGCCACCAUGUCUACAGAUGAGAUGCUGGCCUCCAGGCUGAAGGGGAGAGGUUUUACUGUACUCCAUACCUAUCUUGACCACUUGUGGCAGUCUGGGGACAAGUCAGCUCCACCCUCUAUUUCCCCACUGGACCAAGAGCCUCCAGAGUAUAGGGGGAACAUCAUAGAGGAGAGCCCAGUACAGGAAGAUUCUGUUCUUCAGAGUGACAUGGAAUGUCUCACCUUGCAAGGAGACAAGGAGAGCAGAGUGGAUAAUGAGAAAUCCCCUUCAGAAGUCACUGAUGAACCAAGGGAGGAAGGAAUGAACCAAGACCCAGCUGAUAGCAAGACCUUUCAAGAGCAAAUGGAUGAGCUGCUACAGAGAUGUUUCUUCCAUGCCCUCAAGUGCCGAAUCACAAAGGCUGACCUCCCUUUACUCACCAGUACUUUCCUGAGUUGCCACAUGUUCUCCUGCUGCCCUGAGGGACAACAGCUGGACAUAAAGAAGUCAAGCUACAAAAAGCUCUCCAAGUUUCUGCACCACAUGAUGAAACAGAAGAUUGUGCAGGUGAAGGAGUUGAGCAAAGGUGUAGAAAGCAUCAUAGCUGUGGAUUGGAAACACCCCAGCAUUACAUCUUUUAUUGUGCCUGAGCCCUCCUCAUCUGCCCAGAUUGUCCAAGAGGAUACCAAGGAAAAGCCUUAUCACCCACCAGAGAUUGAAUUCCUUUACUGUGUCCCAGCCAACAUGACUGCUCUCUUCCAGGAGUAUGGCCAUAAGAAGGGGAGCCCUCUCUCAGGCAGUGAGGUCCAUACGAUCAUCAUUGACUAUGCAAAGAAAAACAAACUGGUUGAUGCAAACAACAAAAAUCUUGUGAAGAUGGACCCCAUUUUGUGUGACUGUCUCUUGGAGAAAGAUGAACAACAUACAGUAUUGAGGCUUCCAUGGGAUAAAGUCCUUGCAAGAUGCCUGGACAGAUUGAAGCCUGCCUAUAAAGUGACCUUUCAUGGCCAAGAGCCUAUUGUGAAGAAAGGAAAACUCUCUCCAAUUUUCAUCACCUUAGCAAAGAGAACAUACAAUAAAAAGGUGACCAUGAUCCGGAACCUGGAGGCUUAUGGUCUUGAUCCAUAUUCUUUGGCUGCCACUCUCCAGCAGCGGUGCCAGGCAAGUGUCACCAUCAGCCCUGCUUCUGAUGCUAAGGAUACCAUGCAGGUCCAGAUCCAAGGGAAUCAGAUCAAUCAUCUAAGUCGGCUCUUGCUUGAAGAAUAUCACAUCCCUCGAAAAUAUAUCCGAGGCUUGGAAAAGGCCCCCAAACCUGUCAAGAAGAAGUGA